AUGGCGAUGAAACGUAUUAGCAAGGAAUUGGCCGACCUCGGUCGCGACCCGCCGUCUUCGUGCAGCGCCGGUCCGACGGGCGACAACAUGUUCCAGUGGCAAGCUACGAUCAUGGGUCCGAGUGACUCGCCGUACAGUGGUGGUGUGUUCUUCCUGACCAUUACAUUCCCGACGGACUACCCCUUCAAGCCGCCCAAGGUGUCUUUCACGACGAAGAUCUACCACCCGAAUAUCAACGCGAAUGGCAGCAUCUGCUUGGACAUUCUCAGGGACCAGUGGAGCCCGGCCCUGACGAUCUCGAAGGUCCUUCUGUCCAUCUGCUCUAUGCUGACGGACCCCAACCCCGACGACCCUCUUGUGCCGGACAUUGCACACCUGUACAAGACUGACAGGGCUGCGUACGAAAACACGGCGCGCGAAUGGACCAGGAAGUAUGCUAUGUAG